UAAAUGCGCUGUAUAAAAGGGGCGUCGUGCGCGCCGGAUCGCCGCUUCGUGCGUCGGGCGCAGUCAUGGCUCUCGCAGCUCCCGUGUGUCUCCUCCUGCUCAGCCUGCGCGCUCUCGGGGGGGAGAGCCGCUACCUCGAGGAACACGAUAUUACUCCAGAGGGACUGUUUUCUCUCCUCAAUUCGGAGCUCAAAAGAGAAUUGUCGGAACAGUUUGUGUACCGUCGAUCUCUGCGGUGUCUGGACAUGCUGGUUAUGGAGGGUCAAUUCACCUUCACUGCCGACCGCCCGCAGCUCAACUGCGCAGCCUUCUUCAUAGGUGAGCCCAAUGAGGUCAUCAGCAUCGAGUACAACGCUGUGAACAUCGACUGUGCAGGAGGGGAUUUCAUAAAGAUGUUUGAUGGCUGGGUAUUGAAAGGGGAGAAGUUCCCGAGCUCUCAGGACCACCCUUUCCCUCUCUAUGAGCGAUACGUGGACUACUGCGAGACGGGCUCGACCCGCAGAAUUGUACGCUCCUCACAGAAUGUGGCCAUGAUCUUCUUCCGCAUACACGGUGCCGGGAGUGGAUUCACCAUCACUGUGACGAAGCUCAUCAACCCUUUCCCCUGCAAUGUGAUCUCUCAGUCUCCUGAAGGGAGCUUCACAAUGGUCAUCCCUCAGCAACACAAGAACUGUAGCUUUUCCAUCAUAUAUCCAGUUGAGAUCCAGAUAGGAGAGCUCAGCUUGGGACACUUAAAUGACUUCCCUUUAAAGAGGUCAGUCUCAGGGUGUGCAGGAGCAGGAGACUUUGUGGAACUUCUUGGGGGCAAUGGUGUUGACACCUCAAAGAUGUUUCCGAUGGCCGACCUUUGUUACUCCUUCAAUGGUCCUGCCCAGAUGAAGAUUGGUUGUGACAACACUGUGGUGAGAAUGGUUUCCAGUGGAAAAUUCAUCAAUCGUGUAACUUUUCAAUAUCGACUGCUGCACCGUCAUGAACUGGAGAAGCUCAAAGGGAACAAUGUGGAGGACUUCUGCUUCAUGGAAUGAGUUCUUUCCUCUGAUUCACCAGUGAGGAUUUCCUGAACAAAUAGUCACGUGACUGAAGUGGGGAUUCCGGGUGUCGUGAUUGUUUCAUGUAAAUUACUUUCAGAAUCUUAUUUAUUCAUUGGCUCAGAUUAAUGUUCUUAUUUUCCUGACUUUUGUUUUUGUGCUGUGUAAAUGAAAUGUUUACUAAUGUAGAUUCAAUAAAAAAAAAAUUUUGUUUUUGUCUGCACUACUAAUACAUUAUUUGCCAUUCUGUUUUUACUAUACAUAUAUAAAUAGUUUUUAUUACAAAACAACUACAUAAUCUCUUUAAAAUGCAUUAUUUCAGGAAAUUAUUAUUUCUAUUUAUUUUUGAUAGUGUAGUGUUGACUGAAUCAUAUGAGAAGCAGGGGUGAAGUCCCAUUGAAGCUGAGAAGCAUUUGUUCAAUGAAGUGUGUAAAAAUAUGUUAAUUGUUUACCUCGGAAUUUAUUUGUAUCAACCGUCUUUUUAAUAAAAUUGAAC